CUGUCGGAAAUCCUUUAUGUUGGGACCUUGGACAUCCCUACGAACAACCUCAGUCGCUGGGCUCACGGAUGACAGUCAAGCUGUCAUCUCCGUCGACGCCGUGACAGCACACAUCGAGAAACGUCAGUCAGUAUAUUGCCAAGUAACCGCGAACAUUGUAUUUUCCCCACCAUUGUAAUUUUAUAGUCUAAUACAGUUUUUAAUGUGUAAUUCGAUUACGUGUCGCGGAAAACGUUCGAAAGUGUCACCACCGACGCGGAAAAGACGACGGCUCAGUAUGGAUGAGGAACAUAACCACAAUCCGGGGAAUGACGCAGCAGGAGUCAGCGGACAACGUGGUCAGCAACCACCUGUAGGAUCAUUCCAGCUUCCCGGAGCACAGCAGAAUAACCAUCAGCAGCCGAACGUCGUCAAUCCUCCUCCUCCGCCGUAAUUAGCCCCAAUUCAGCAGCCACAUUCCACCGAAGCGAUUUUUGCCCACCUCUUCCAGCAGCAGCAAGUUUUCGCACACCAGCUCAUGAAGCAGCAGCAGGAUUUCAUGCAGCAGCAGCAAACACUUUUUCACCAGGCCAUGUCAUCCAUUCGAGUUCAGGUACCCCCCAACCCUGAAAUCAUCCUCGAUUCACUGGCGAAUAAUAUCAAAGAGUUCCGGUACGAACCGGAGGGGAACAUCACGUUUGCGGCUUGGUAUGCCAGGUACGAUGACCUGUUUGAGAAAGACGCUGCUCGUCUCGACGGUGAGGCAAAGGUCCGGUUGCUCAUGCGCAAAUUGGGAGCUGUGGAACACGAGCGCUACGUAAGUUUUAUCUUACCGAAGGUUCCGAAAGAUUUUUCGUUCGACGAGACCGUUCAGAAACUGAAAACUCUUUUCGGUGCUGUCGAGUCCGUCGUAAGCAAACGCUAUCGAUGUUUGCAAACCGCAAAACAACCGACCGAAGACUUCAUUUCGUUUGCCUGUCGAAUCAACAAGAACUGUGUUGAGUUCGAAUUGGGCAAGAUGAGUGAAGAGCAGUUUAAAUGCCUAAUGUUCGUUUGCGGUCUGAAAUCGGAGGGAGACGGAGAAGUGCGAACGAGAUUGCUGUCGAAGAUCGAAGAGAGAGCUGACGUCACACUCGAACAGCUGUCGGAAGAUUGCCAGCGGUUGCUGUGCCUGAAGCACGACACGGCAAUGAUAGGAGCACCAUCAUCGGCAGCAGUGCAGUUCGUUACGAAGAAGAAGAAGCAGUUCAGCAAGUAUCCACCGAAGCCAGGUGUGGGAUCCACUGGCACAGAAGCGAAGCGAGCUAGGAACGUGCCAGCAACUCCUUGUUGGUGCUGCGGAGCAAUGCACUUCAGCCGGGACUGCACGUACAAGCAGUACAAAUGCAGCGAUUGCGGUCUCAUCGGUCAUCGCGAAGGGUAUUGCUCGAGUGCUAAGAAGAGCCCUAAACCACCAGCUUUCAAACGGAAAGGCCAUCCAGGAGCUUUCUCAUCCAAAACAGUAAGUCUCUUGGUAAAUACCGUAAACAAAAAGCGUCGUUUCGUUCAAGCUCGGAUCAACGGAGUGGAUGUGCGUCUUCAGUUGGACACAGGGUCCGACAUCAGCAUUGUGUCGAAGCAAACGUGGGAGAAAAUUGGCAAACCGCCAAAACUGCCUGCUACAGAGCGAGCCGCUACAGCGUCUGGAGAUCCGCUGCAGCUGCUUUUCAAGUUCGAAAGUGCCAUUACCAUCAACGGUGAGCAGCGGCAGGCACAGUUCUACGUGGUGGAUAAGUCGCUCCAUCUGGCCGGGAUCGAUUUGCUGGACACUUUUGGGUUGUGGUCCGUGCCCAUUAGCACCUACUGCAACAACAUCACCAGCCCUACUACCACCAUCGAUUCCCUCAAGGCAGAAUUUCCAGCAGUUUUCCGGAACGAGUUGGGGUUGUGCAGCAAAACGAAGAUCAAACUCGAGCUCCAGCCAGGCGCAGUUCCGGUGUUCCGUCCAAAGCGUCCAGUGGCCUACGCCAUGUACAAUGCAGUGGACGAAGAGCUGGACAGACUAGAACGAGCCAACAUCAUUUCACCCGUAGAUUUCUCCAACUGGGCGGCCCCAAUCGUUGUCGUUCGCAAGGCCAACGGCAACAUCCGUAUAUGCGGGGAUUAUUCGACUGGCCUCAACGAUGCCCUGCAGCCGCACAGGUAUCCCCUACCGUUGCCGGAAGACAUUUUUGCGAAGCUAGCCAAUUGCACCGUAUUCAGUCAGAUCGACCUGUCUGAAGCGUUCCUCCAGGUGGAGGUUGAUGAAGGCAGUCGGGAUCUACUUACGAUCAACACACACCGGGGGUUAUACCGCUACAACCGCCUACCGCCCGGAGUGAAAACGGCCCCAGGAGCGUUCCAGCAGCUAAUGGAUACCAUGCUGGCCGGCCUCCCAUGCACAUCUGGUUACCUUGAUGACGUGGUCGUGGGUGGAAAGGACGCAGCGGAACAUGCACGAAACCUUCAAGCAGUUUUGGCUCGGCUUCAAGAAUAUGGUUUCACCGUCCGCCCAGAGAAGUGUACCUUUGCGCAGCUCCAGAUCAGGUACCUCAGCUACUUGCUCGACCGCCAGGGACUUCGACCAGAUCCAGCAAAGAUUCAAGCGAUCACCGACAUGGCUCCACCAACCGACGUCUCCGGUGUACGCUCGUUCCUCGGGGCAGUAAAUUAUUAUGGAAAGUUUGUCCCUGGAAUGAGAACGCUUCGCUACCCGCUGGACGAACUCCUGAAGGCUGGCGUGAAAUUCCGUUGGACACCAGAAUGCCAGCAGGCGUUCACGAGGUUCAAGGAGAUUCUAUCAUCAGGUUUGCUCCUUACCCAUUAUAACCCGAACCUCCCCAUCGUCGUAUCGGCAGACGCUUCCUCUGUCGGUGUUGGUGCCACCAUAAGUCAUAAAUUCCCGGAUGGCACCAUGAAGGUUGUUCAACAUGCGUCACGAGCCCUCACCCCAGCCGAACGGAACUACAGCCAACCCGACCGCGAAGGCCUCGCGAUCAUAUUUGCGGUCACGAAGUUUCAUCGGAUGCUGUUUGGCCGCCGAUUCCAUCUGCAAACCGACCAUGCCCCACUUUUGCGGAUAUUCGGCUCAAAGAAGGGCAUCCCCGUGUACACAUCGAAUCGCCUGCAGCGGUGGGCUUUGACCUUACUGCUAUACGAUUUCACCAUCGAGCAUGUCCCUACAGCGAAGUUUGGUAACGCUGACGUGCUUUCUCGUCUCAUCAGCCAGCACGUUCGACCGGAUGAGGACUACGUCAUCGCCUCGGUCGCUCUCGAGGACGAUAUCAGGUCAGUUGCUUCCGAUACCAUUAAUUCGCUUCCGUUGAGUUUCAGGAUCGUACAGAAAGCCAUUCAGUCCGAUCCGAUCACCAAGAAAGUAUAUCGCUACCUACACGAGGGUUGGCCAACACUGAAGCAAGUCGCUGACCCGGAGUUGAAGCAAUUUUGUGACCGCCAGGACUCUCUGACCACGAUACAAGGUUGCAUACUUUUCGGCGAUCGUCUGGUCAUCCCUCAUCGUACCGUCGGCGCUGCCUAGAUCAACUGCACCGUGGCCACCCAGGCAUCCAACGUAUGAAAGCGAUUGCUCGAUCGUACGUAUACUGGCCAUCUGUGGACAAGGACAUCGUCGACUACGUGAAAUCCUGCCGACACUGCGCAUCCGCAGCGAAGUCUCCGCCAAAGGUAGCACCGGUGCCGUGGCCUCGUUCAACCAAGCCAUGGGACCGUGUCCACAUAGACUAUGCUGGACCAAUUUCUGGAGAGUACUAUCUCGUAAUCGUGGACUCCUAUUCGAAAUGGCUGGAAAUCAUACCAACACGCAGUACGACCACGACAGCUACUGUGUCAAUCCUCAAGGACAUCUUCGCUCGAUUCGGCUUUCCUGCAACUUUGGUGAGCGACAAUGGACCGCAGUUUGCUAGUGCAUCGUUCCAAGCCUUCUACACGGAAAACGGCAUAGAUCAUCUCACGAUUGCGCCGUUUCAUCCCCAAUCAAACGGCCAAGCCGAAAGGUUUGUGGGAAUAUUUAAGAGCUCCAUCAAGAAAAUCCAGGAGGGAAAAGGUACAGUACGUGAAGCGCUCAACACCUUCCUGACCACCUACAGAAGUACGCCAAAUCCUUCCGCUCCUGAUGGCAAGUCACCGGCGGAAAACAUGUUCGGUCGUCCAAUCCGGACGUGUUUGGAGUUACUCCGUCCGCCAGCUGAACGUUCAACGAUGCACAACAAGGACUCCAACGUCAAACGAAGCUAUCAGCGAGAUGAUCCAGUAUUUGUGAAGCUCUACGUCAACAACAACUGGCACUGGGCACCGGGCG